AUGUGCUUCCGGUAUUAGCACAUGGAAGUGCUACGAACUGGGUGACGGUGUUGAAUCUCUGUUAGCCACGUUUAGCAAAUUACCCAAUGGGUAGAAAGCGUGCUUUAGACACCGAAAGGCCCAAAAAGGGCCCUGGGCGGAAAGCGAAGAAACAGAAACCACCAGAGUUACCAAGACAGCUGCGGAAGGAAGUCAGUGAAGCCAAGCAGAAAGCUCUGGGUAGCCGUGCUAAGAAACGGUUGAAGAAGAGACUGGCUAAGAAAGAGGAGGCACUAAAGGAAGCUGUUAAAGCCACAGAAUUAAAGAAGAAGAGAGAACAGCUGCAGGGAAGCGAUGGGGAGAGUGAAGGUAGCGCUGACAGUGAGGAGGUGCAGGCAUUCACAGACGAGAACAGCAAGUGGCUGAAGCCAGUCAAAAAGAAAAAGUUGCCUGUGGAUAGUGAGGAAGAUGAAGAUGAAGAAGAGGAGGAAGAAGGGGAGGAUGAAGAAAAUGAGGAUGGAAGAGAGGAUGAGGAGCUAGAAGGGUCCGACCUGUUUGAAAUGGAGGCUGAGAAGGCAGGGAGUGAUGAAGAUGAGGAAGAGGAAAGUAGAGAGGAUGAAGAAGAAGAAGAUGACAGUGAUGCUGAAAUACCAGCAGAUGAUUUUGGUGAAGCUGAAAGUGAUGAUGAUGAUGAUGAAGAAGAAGAGGAGCUACCUGUAGAGAAAGCUGCAAAGAAGCUGAAAAAAAAGCAAGAGAAAGAGAGAAAAAUGGCAGAGGAAGAGCUCCAGACCAACAUCGCCCGAACGGACGUGUUCACGCUUCCAAGUGGACAGGAAGUAGAGAAGGAAGCUGUCCAGCCCCCAGACCUGGCUCUGGUACAGCAGAGAAUGAAGGACAUUCUGCAGGUCCUUGGAGACUUCAAGGCACGGAGAGAGGAAGGAAGGACGAGGAAGGAGUAUGUGGAACAGUUGAUCCGAGAUCUUUGCCUGUAUUACAGUUACAAUACAUUCCUUAUGGAAAAAUUGCUAGACUUGUUUCCACACGAGAUAAUAGAAUUCCUGGAGGCCAAUGAAGUGCAGAGACCUGUCACCAUACGAUGUAAUACACUGAAGACACGAAGACGCGACCUGGCACAGGCACUAAUCAAUCGUGGGAUGAAUCUGGACCCUGUAGGAAAGUGGUCUAAGGUGGGCCUCGUAGUCUACGACUCUCAGGUGCCCGUAGGAGCAACCCCAGAGUAUCUUGCUGGUCACUACAUGAUCCAGGGAGCGUCCAGUUUUCUGCCUGUCAUGGCGCUGGCGCCACAAGUUAACGAGCGCGUACUGGACAUGGCUGCUGCACCAGGAGGAAAGACUACAUAUAUAGCUGCCCUAAUGAAAAACACAGGCACAUUAUUUGCCAAUGACCCCAGUGCGGAGAGGGCAAAAGCCAUCGUAGGGAACAUACACAGAAUGGGUAUCUCCAAUACCAUAGUCUGCACCCAUGACGGAAGGAAGUUCCCAGAGAUCAUCACAGGCUUUGACAGGGUUCUCCUUGACGCCCCUUGUAGUGGCACGGGAGUCAUCGCGAAGGACCCAGCUGUCAAAGCCAGCAAGGAUGAGAAGGACAUUCAGCGGUGUUCGCACAUCCAGAAGCAGCUGAUCUUGGCCGCCAUUGACUGCUGCGAUGCCAAAAGUAAGACUGGCGGCUACAUCACCUACUCUACCUGCUCCAUAUUGGUGGAAGAGAAUGAGUGGGUGAUUGACUUCGCCCUGAAGAAGAGGAACGUCAAGCUGGUCCCCACUGGUCUGGACUUUGGUAGAGAAGGAUUUACACAAUUCAAACAACAUCGGUUUCACCCCACCAUGAAAUUAACCCGUCGCUUCUACCCACACACCCAUAACUUGGAUGGGUUCUUUGUGGCCAAGCUAAAGAAGUUCUCGAACAAGAAACCUGUAUUUGAAGAUAAAAAGGAUGAUGAAGAGGAAGAGGAAAAUGAGGAGGAUGAGGAAGAGAUGGAGGUAGACCAUGAUGAUAAUGAGGAGGACGAAGAGAGUGAUCAUGGUGAAGAGGAGGAGGAGGAUGAAGACGAGGAAGAGGAUGAAGAGAGUGAUCAUGGUGAAGAGGAGGAGGAGGAUGAAAGUGAAACUGAAAAUGUACCAGUUGGAAAAAAGAAAAAGAAAGCAUCAGAAAGUGUUAAGAGUACGAAACCAACAGGUGCUUCGAGUAAAGUUGGCAAGAAUGAUAAACAGAAUGUAAAAAAGAAAAGCGAACAAGACCAAGCUCAAACUGCUGGGACCAAGAAAGUUGACAAAAAUGUAACUAAUAAGAAAUCAGUUGAGAGCGCAGCUCCUAAGAUGAAUGGACUUGGCAAAAAGAAGGACAGAAAGGAAAAGAAAGUAACUAAUAUUGAGGUUCCCGAUAGAAAAGUGAAAUCUUCACAGGCUAAAAGUAAAAAAAAUAAAGCUGAUAAAGUCGAGACAAAGGGCAAAUCACCCAAAGUUACAGCGCCAGUUGUGACAGAAACAGUUAAAAGUCCAGAUGCAAAAGGACAACAAAAGAAAAUGAAACAGUCUGCUGAAUCACCAAAGCUGGAAAUGACUCCUGUCAAAACUCCCAUAUCUCAGAAGAAGCCCACGAAAUACACUCCUGCAGGGAAAGAUUUGAGUGAUAAGAAAAACAAAAGGAAGUCUGGUGCUGGGACAGCUGGCAGCGUCAAGAAGUCCAAAAAGGCAGAUUAAUGUAUAGGUGGCAGCAGUGUCAUGGAAACCUUUUAGAUAGAUGGCAGCACUAAAAAAAAUUGGCCACAUUUUUUGUGAACUAUUGCUGUUUUAUUCAGCCAAAUGUCAGUCAGAAAGAUUAUUUAAAGAAAAUAAAUGCAAUAUUUGAUACCAAUUAAGAUUUUUGCCACAUACAUAUUUUGCACAGAAGUUGUGUGAAUUGAGUACCAGCUUUGGUGUCUUGUUUACUGAUUAUAUAUGGGUCUAAGAAGCUAAGAUGUGGCGUGAUACAAAUUAAGUAGCAUGCUGACACAUUUAACAGGCAUUAUAUAUGACCUACAAAGAGGGUCUUGUAUGCGGACGACAGUCUCAUUAAUAAAAGAUGUGUCUGUA